AUGGCAAGGUAUACAUCGCUGUUAUUAGCUGUUAUUUUUAUCGUUAAUAUUGAUAAUUCUUGGAAUCAAUUGGCAAUUAAUAUUCCAUCAUUGGGUACUAUUCGAGGUGAAAUUAAUCCAUUGGUAAAUAAAGUUCGCCAAUUUAUUGGUAUUCCCUUCGCACAACCACCAAUUGGUUCACUUCGUUUUAAAUCACCUGUUGCUCUAAAUCCUUUGCCAUCUAAUAAUACUUAUAACGCAACAGCAGCUGCACAUCAUGGUGGAUUUCCUUUAUUCACUUGUAUGCAGAUCUCAUUCACAAAUUCGAGUGUAAUCUACGGACAAGAGGAUUGUCUGUAUUUGGAUAUUUUCUUGCCAUUAACCAUCAGCAAUGGCUCUCUAUUACCUGUAGCUAUCUAUAUUUAUGGUGGUGGUUUUCAAACAUCAGAUCCACAUGAUCCAAGUCAAAUAAUUUCAUUGUAUCAAAAUAUAAUUUAUGUUGAGAUACGUUAUCGUAUUAAUAUAUUUGGUUCUAUGGCAUCAACAGCUUUAUCAGCUAGUCGAUCAGGACCAAUUCAAUCGUCAGGUUUACAAGGUUUCGAAGAUCAACAAAUGGCAUUACAGUGGGUUCAAGCUAAUAUUCAAUUUUUCGGUGGCAAUCCUAAUCGAAUUACAUUACAAGGACAUUCAGCUGGUGUUGAUUCCAUUUGUCUUCAUUUAGUUGCACCUGCAUCUCAAGGUUUAUUCCAACGUGCUAUUAUCGAAAGUGCAGGCUAUGAUAUAGAACAAGUACCUUUACAACAAAUGGAAAUAAUCGGCAAUAAUAUAUCAUCUUAUUUUUGUAGUUCAUCAUCAAAUGUUAUUUCAUGUUUACAAUCAAUUAAUGCAACUGUUUUACUUCAAUAUGCUCAAUCAAAAGGUUAUUUGAAUUUUUUUUCUCCAAACGGUUUUCAUCCAUCAAUUGACGGUUUGAUUAUUCCUGAUUCAAUAACAAAUUUAUUUCAGCAGAAAAAAAUUUCAAAUGUUUCUCUUUUAACUGGAACAACGAAUGCAGAAUUCGGUUUAUUUAUUGCGGGUGGUUUUGAACCGGGAUGGCAAGUAGCAAAUUUAAGUCAAACUGUAUUAUCUCAAUGGGUUCAAUUAUAUUCUAAUGGACAAUCAGCAUAUUUAAACACUACAUAUAAUCCAUACAUUGAUCCAUAUGUACCAUUGGCAUUGGUUAACUAUUAUGGUUUAACAGAUGCAUUAUCGACGAGUGUAAUUCAAUGUUCUGUUCGUCGAACAGCUAGUUAUUUAAGUAAUAAUGGGAGUGGAUCUGUAUAUUUAUAUUCAUUUAAUUAUAUUCCAUUAUCAUCUCCUUUUGCUAGUUUAUCACAAUCAGUUCAUGGUCAAGAACUUCCUUUUGUAUUUAGUACACCAAAUUCAUCAGCUCUAACACAACUUAUAUUUCCAGUUAAUGAAUUUAAUUCAAAUGAACAAUUAUUAGCUUUAGCAAUGAGUUUAAUUUGGGUAAGAUUUAUUGUUAAUGGUAAUCUAAAUACACCCCUCGUUGGUGAAGGAACUAAUCCAUUAAUAACUGAAUUGGUUAAACUUGGUGGUUGGCCAAAUUAUUCAACAAAUGCUACGAGUAAUAGUUCUGCCUUUUUAAUUUUCGCCAAUACAGCAUUGGGAAAUAGUAGUGCGGCAAUUCUCUUAGCAAAAAGUGGUUAUCAUUCACCAGUAUGUACUGCAUGGGAUCAAGUAGUACCAAAUCCAAUUAUCAUAAAACGAUGUGCGAUUGGUUAUAGUGGUCCUAAUUGUUCAAUAGCAAGUUGUAGUAGAUCAAAUACAGUUUCAUUUAUGAUUUGCUAUAUACUAACCAUUCUUAUUAUUUCAAUUAUUUUUUAG